CUUUCUUUUUCACAGUUCACAAUUUUCCAACUCGAGAAAAGAAACAAAUUGGGGGUUAGGGUUUUCACUUUUCACAAAAUUUCAAAAUCGAAUUUCGAUCGCUAUGGCUUCCACAAAGAAGAUCACUCUCAAGAGUUCUGAUGGCGAGGCAUUCGAGGUUGACGAAGCUGUGGCUUUGGAAUCGCAAACCAUCAAACACAUGAUUGAAGAUGAUUGUGCUGAUAGUGGAAUCCCUCUGCCGAAUGUCACCAGCAAGAUUUUGGCUAAGGUUAUUGAGUUUUGCAAGAAACAUGUUGAUGCUGCGGCUGCUGAUGAUAAGCCUAAUGAGGAUGAGCUUAAAGCUUGGGAUGCGGAGUUUGUUAAGGUUGAUCAGGUCACGCUGUUUGAUCUCAUAUUGGCUGCUAACUAUCUAAACAUCAAGAACUUGCUUGAUCUUACAUGCCAGACUGUAGCAGACAUGAUCAAGGGAAAGACACCUGAGGAGAUCCGCAGGACCUUCAACAUUAAGAAUGACUUCACUCCAGAGGAAGAGGAGGAAGUUCGUCGUGAAAACCAGUGGGCUUUCGAAUGAGUUUUAUCAAGGAUAUGUCUAGUUGGUUUAUGUUAUAUUUCGUUUUAUUCAUAGUAGAACUUCAAGUUAGGUCAUUCUAAGUUUAUUAGUACUUGGUUAUCUUUUGGUUUAUGUUUGUUGAGUCUGGUCAUGAAUCUGCUUCUUUGUUGGAUGAUUUUAGUGCAUCUUGAAUUGUAAGUAAUAGUUGGUUAUGAUUGGCUGA